AUGUUUAUUUGGCAGGACCCUAAACCUUGCACUAACUGUGGGAUGAUGCAAGAGGGCCACACGCGGAAAAACUGCCCGCAUAUCGAAUGCUAUCGCUUCCACGAGCACGGCCAUAUGGACUAUGACUGCCCGAACAGCGAGUGCAGCUACUGCCGCAGAAUAGGGCAUUGCAAAUCCAAGUGCCCCAAGCUCGAGCGUAAGAGUCGUGCAGGACAAGGUCACAGAACAAACGAAUCCCACCCCACGCUGGAAAGCACUCAGACAGGAGUCACCCGCAUAUCUCCUUCCCUGUCUGCAGAUUUAGGUUCGUCUAUGUCACCUUCACGGCGCGUGGAGGCUUCCCAAAACGCAGUUGACACCCAGUCUACGCGUCCUUCACAGACUACCCAGGUAACUACCACGGUCAGCUCUGAGGUGUCCCACAAGAGGCCUGUCUACUAA